AUGAAGUCUCAUCAAAGUAUCCAUGUGUGGGAGAAUUCGUAUAAAUGCACUGAGAUUGGAAAGAGCUUCGGUUUCGACAGUGAUUUUUCUUCCCAUUCUGGGGAAACUCCAUAUACAUGUACUGUGUGUGGACAGGGUUUUAGUGACAUCGGUGUUUUUCGUAUCCAUAAAAAAAUGCAUUCAGUAGAAAAGUUCUAUGUAUGUAUGCACGGAGUGUGGAAAGAACUUCUGCUCCACACGGGAGAGAGACCUUACAAAUGCAUGGAAUGUGGGAAGAGCUUCAGUCAGAAGUACAAUCUUACGAUUCAUAAGAGGAUUCAUUCUGGGGAAAAUCCCUAUAAAUGUGACAAUUGCACAAACAGUUUCAGCAUCUCUGAGAACCUCACUGCCCACAUGAGGAUCCACACAGGGCAGAAACUUUACCAAUGCCAGGAGCGCAACAAGCGCUUCAGCCAAUGCAGCAGCCUCAGUGUCCAUAAAAGCAGCCACACUGGGGAGAAGCCCUACAAAUGCCCUCAAUAG